UUUGAUUGCUGUCAGUAGGGCGGCUGCUGGGACCCGGCAACGUCGUCGUCGGAGGCUCUACUACGGACCUAGGCAGCGGCCCCAAUCUCUGACGCUGCUGCCACCCCCUCCCUGGUCCUUCUGGCUCACACAGCCGCCUACAGCCCUGCUUGGUGUGGAGCAGCGCCGGUUCGGCGCAGAACAGCCCAGGAGAGCAGGUCCAUAGUUCUGCUACUCUGGAGCAAGAAUCAUCAAGAUGCCCAUCCUGGAAAAGGUCCCCCAAAAGAUGGCUGCCAAACCUUCUAGCAGUGAGGAGGAGCUGGACCUACCCAAAUUGCCAGUGCCCCCACUGCAGCAGACACUGGCCACUUACCUGCAGUGCAUGCAGCACCUGGUACCUGAGGAGCAGUUCAGGAAAAGCCAGGCCAUCGUGAAGCAGUUUGGGGCCCCUGGUGGCCUGGGUGAGACCCUGCAGAAAAAGCUCUUGGAGAGGCAGGAGAAGACAGCCAACUGGGUAUCUGAAUACUGGCUGAAUGACAUGUAUCUCAAUAACCGCCUGGCCUUGCCAGUCAACUCUAGCCCAGCUGUGAUCUUUGCUCGGCAGCAUUUCCAAGACACCAAUGACCAGCUAAGGUUCGCAGCCAGCCUCAUCUCUGGCGUGCUCAGCUACAAGGCUCUGGUGGACAGCCACUCCCUCCCCACGGACUGGGCCAAAGGCCAGCUCUCAGGGCAGCCCCUCUGCAUGAAGCAGUACUACAGACUCUUCUCCUCUUACCGGCUUCCUGGCCAUACUCAGGACACGCUGGUGGCCCAGAAGAGCAGCAUCAUGCCUGAGCCUGAGCACGUCAUCGUUGCCUGCUGCAACCAGUUCUUUGUCUUGGAUGUUGUCAUUAAUUUCCGCCGUCUCAGUGAGGGUGAUCUGUUCACUCAGUUGAGAAAGAUAGUCAAAAUGGCGUCCAGCGAGGAUGAACGCUUGCCUCCCAUCGGCCUGCUGACGUCAGACGGGAGGAGCGAGUGGGCCAAGGCCAGGACGGUCCUCCUAAAAGACUCCACCAACCGGGACUCCCUGGACAUGAUUGAGCGCUGCAUCUGCCUGGUGUGCCUGGAUGUUCCGGGUACUGGAGAGCUGAGUGACACUCACAGGGCGCUCCAGCUCCUCCAUGGCGGGGGCUGCAGCUUCAAUGGCGCCAAUCGCUGGUACGACAAGUCCCUGCAGUUUGUGGUGGGCCAAGACGGCACCUGUGGCGUGGUGUGUGAGCACUCCCCAUUUGAUGGCAUCGUCCUGGUGCAGUGCACGGAGCACCUGCUGAAACAUAUGAUGAAGAGCAACAGGAAGCUGGUGCGAGCUGACUCAGUGAGCGAGCUCCCUGCCCCCAGGAGGCUGAGGUGGAAAUGUUCCCCAGAAACUCAAGGCCACCUCGCCUCCUCAGCAGAGAAACUUCAAAGAAUAGUAAAGAAUCUGGAUUUCAUUGUUUAUAAGUUUGACGACUAUGGAAAAACAUUUAUCAAGAAGCAGAAAUGCAGCCCUGAUGCCUUCAUCCAGGUAGCCCUCCAGCUGGCCUUCUACAGGCUUUAUCAGAGACUGGUGCCCACCUAUGAGAGUGCAUCCAUCCGCCGGUUCCAGGAAGGUCGCGUGGACAACAUCAGGUCGGCCACUCCAGAGGCACUGGCUUUUGUGCAAGCCAUGACUGACCACAAGGCUGCCAUGCUGGCUUUUGAGAAACUGCAGCUGCUGAAGUCAGCCAUCCAGGCCCAGACUGAGUACACAGUCAUGGCCAUAACUGGCAUGGCCAUUGACAACCACCUGCUGGCACUGAGGGAGCUGGCCCGGGACCUGUGCAAGGAGCCACCUGAGAUGUUCAUGGAUGAAACAUACCUGAUGAGCAACCGGUUUGUCCUCUCCACCAGCCAGGUGCCCACAACCAUGGAGAUGUUCUGUUGUUACGGCCCUGUGGUCCCCAAUGGAUAUGGAGCCUGCUACAACCCCCAGCCUGAGGCCAUCAUCUUCUGCAUCUCCAGCUUUCACAGCUGCAAAGAGACCUCUUCUGUGGAGUUUGCAGAAGCCGUGGGAGCAAGCCUGGUUGAUAUGAGAGACCUCUGCAGUGCAUGGCAGCCUGCUGAGGGCAAAGCCCCAGCAACAAAGGAAAAUGCUAGAGGCCCAACCAGGGCAAACAAUCUUGACUCCUGCCGCUAGCCUGAUCUCCUGCUGGAGCCAAACCCUGCCAAGCCCUGCUCCCAUCCCCCACCCCAGCUUUUUGUUGCUCCUUAGUCCUUAUGGGCCCAACCCACAGACUCUGUGGGGAGGCAUCACACAAAGCUGGCAUGUUAGGAGAAAGAGUCCCUCAUUAUUUAUCAAGGUGGCCUCUGGCCUUUACAACUGGAAAUGAGACUAGCCUAGCUUGCAAGCAGCCUGGGUGAGCUGGGACCAUACUCUAGGAUCUUCAAAAACUUAACAUUUACGCUUCUUUCCCAGCAGCACCCAGUGGUACACAUAGUAGUUCUGCCUAAUGAAAGGAUGAGUCAUCUCAUCACGUGAUAGGGACCCAACUAAGUCAUGAAGGCAGAGGCUAGCUCUGGAUCAUUACCUGCCGCUGUCCCUCCACACACCCACACACACACAUACAGCCCAAGUUCCAUUAAAAUACAGCGGCCCACACCCUCAAAGACAUUGCUUUCAUCUUCCACAGCAGUCUUCCUUGAGUUCAGAUAAUCUCAUCCAGAUAUUCAGAAAGAAAAAAAAAAAAACAAGUUUCUUCAUUUGAUAAUGGAGGGAACUAAGUUUCUGGGCUGUGAAGAUUAAAAGCUGGGUUGUGGGUGAAGGGCUUGCAUGGUAGCUGAGCAGUGGUGCCCACUUGGGAUGAUAAUACCCCACUGGCAUUGAGUGAUUUUCUCAAACUAUUUACACUGAUCUGGAAGAACCAACCCUCUAUCAGAAAAGGAAUUCACUGUAUUUAUUGGAUAUAUCAAACCAUGCACUGUGAGGUUGUCAAGACUCAUGAGUGGCAGACCCUUGGCUGGAGGGAACACCUCCUCCCUUAGGAAGAGACUGGAAGCUGGCCUUCCCCCUCCAAGAACAAAGUGUACUCAUCUUUAUGCAAAGGCGACACUGAGCCAUGGCCACAGGCUACUCUGUGGGGACCCUGGGAAGAGAGACUGUCCCAUGUGUCCCUAAAGAGAUGGAAAAUGAGACAGUUGUUUGAAGCAAUGAUGCAUCCUAAGUGUGGCCACCUUAUUGUACUGCUAAAUUGCCAAAUUACAUAUGAAGUUGACGUUUGGGUUCUAUUUUUAUAAUAUAGCUCUAGAUUUAUGGCAAUAUGUACAUUUUAAUUUAUAGUUCUGUGCUUUAAAGAAAUACAUGUAUGAAAAAAAUGUAUAUUGAAAGUAUUCUAUUCAAGAUAUUUAAGGACUGUAAGACUGUAUUCAAUAAAAUGUAAUGCCAAGAAA